AUGGCUGAUCUUCUGCAAAAAGCUAUUCAGUCGAUGUCACUAGAGGAGGAAGAACCCUUGACCUUGCCCGAUAGUCCAAGAUUCAGAGUCUUCGACGAGAAUGAAACAAGCUUGUUGGGGAGACUAUUGAAUCCUGACUGUCAAUCGAUGGCUAGAAUGAUAGAAUAUAUGCCUACAGCUUGGAGGGUGUAUGGGAGAGUCCAUGGUAUUGCUCUGUCGCGUGACAGAUUUCAGUUUGUCUUUCAACGAGAAGAAGAUCUUGUUACGGUAGUGAAUGAUAGGCCUUGGUCCUACAACCAUUGGGCUAUGGUGUUGGAGCGCUGGACAGCCAAUCCUCCGGAGAACUUUUUACAAACCAUGUUUGUCUGGAUCCGUAUCAGGAAUAUACCGGUCAAUUUCUUUACGGUAGAGACCAUGUACAAGCUUGCUUCUGAGGUUGGCAAAGUUGAAGAAGUGGCUUAUGAUCCUAAGGUAUCACAUACAAAGGAGUACAUCAGAGCUCUGAUCCUGUUUGAUACAAACAACCCGGCCAAAGCUGCUCGCAAACUCACGGUUAAAGGAGGGACAGUUACCAUUGAGUUUGAAUACGAGAAGAUUCACAAGUGUUGUUUCAAUUGUCUUCGACAUACUCAUGAGAAAGUUAAGUGUCCUUUUAUCAAAAGGGGACCUAACAGAGUUCAUAGAGCGACUGAGAUUCCAAGAAUUAAACAGAGGGCACCAGUCCUCUCAGAACCGGUGGGUGGCCCUCCAGGUUUUCCAGUGCUGUUCCCGGAGCUAUCAGGAGAAGAUCGCAAGAUGGCAAUGCUCUACAUAGCUCAUGCGGAUCCGACUAAACGUCUAGCCAGAAUUGAGCUUGUUAAACAAGGGAUUGUAGAGAACCUGGCUUCAUCAUCUGUCCAUCUGACGCGCAUUACAAAGGAGCUUGAUAAAGGCAAAGGACAUGUAUUCUCCUACACUGAGCUCAUGGAAUCACAGCACUGA